UUUGCGGUGAAAUUUCAUCAUCUCAGUACGACAAUGGGCGAUUCUUUCUUCAAGCUGAUAAUUCGCGACGAAUCAUGGGAUGUUCGUUCGGAGGCCAAGCGUUUAGGGUUUCUAUUUCAGCUGUUUAUCGACGCUAAGAAGCCCAAUGAAGUGUUUAUAAAGUACAAGACUGUGAAGGACGCCCAACGUGCACGGACUGCCCUUGCAAAGAACGAGAAUGUGGUUCGUGUGGAAUCAUUGGAGACAUGGGACAUACGCCCAAAGAGAACGACUGUUAAUACGGAUGCGGAUGAUAUGGUCUCAUGUGCGGGAUCAACCACUUCUAGAUAUACCAAUCAUCAACACAAGGGACCCACACAACAACCACAACAACACAACUGGAUGGGAAAUGGUCAGCAAAUGUCCGAACCGAUGCCGCUGAUGAUGGGAUUGUUUAAUAUGUGCUCCACUUGCCACAAGGGUGGUGCCGCAUAUCAAUGUUUCGUAUGUGGGACUUACUAUUGCGGGGAAAUUUGUCAAAGAAACGAUUGGCCAGCGCACAUCGUCCAAUGCCUACCGCGGUUGGUGCGGACGCAAAGUGGAUUUUCAUGCAAUGAAACACAAUCGAUGGGGUACCCUAACCCUCAAAUGAUGCCACCGUACGGAAAUCUCAACAACACCAUUAAUAUCGGACCCGUACAGGCUGAUCGGAAGCAGAAUCAACCGACAGGAAGCAAACGAGUCAACCAACCGACAGGAAGGAAAGAAAGUGGGUCAAACCAUAAACAGACGUCCAACAAUCAUCCACCGACUAACUCAAAAUCUGAACAGCACCAGAAGCUAGUGGAAGCAUCACCUUCCAAGACAACACCGGUGUGUACCGUACCUACAAACGUGCUGAAGAAUUUAUCCUUGAAACGGCAUCAGGAACAGGAAGGGGGGUUGGAGAAACCAGCAGCAGCUGGAAAGGACGCAUCUGAAAAAGGGGAAACAUCAGCUUCCACGAUCGAAGGCAUCAUUACGAAGCAAUCUUCCAAGCUGGUCAAACGCAUACAACAGAAGGUAGCAGCUCCAAAACGUGAGAUUGAAUACAGUCCAUUUCCACGGGAGGGCGAAUAUGUGAAAAUCGCGUACGUUACAGACAGCAUGUUGUACGUGUACCGAAGCGGUCAGGAAGCGAAUGGUCAAUCCAACCGUUACCUGGACUUUGUCAAACGCUCUAUCGAAUGUGCGCGCAAUGUGAAGCAGAUGCUUCAGGCAGCGCCGAAUGUCGGUGACGUAGCGUUCGGACCGUUCGAUGGUGAUUAUUACCGUGCUGUGGUAAAGUCGAUCGAAGGGACACGGGUGAGCGUGUUUUUCCCCGACUUUGGUAACACCCAGACAGUCGAGUGGAAGGAAAUGAAGGAGAUUCCGAACAAAGAGAUACAGUACGGUAUGUGCUAUACGCACGGCGUCAUGAUCGACGGUGUACCAAAGUUCUCCCCGGCCGUGAGAAAGUAUUUGUCCGAGUUGUUAGAAUUGGACGAGUUCGAGCUAAUCAAGGUGAGCGAUAACAAGCAUGUCAAAACGAUCGGUUUGCGUCAUGUGCAGGAACUGUACCAUCUGAGCACUAAGAUACUUGGCAUCGCCGAAAAUGAACAAAAGAUGGAGAAGCCGAUUGUGAAAGAAGCUCCCGCAAUAGUGGACCCAGCUUCAUACGCUCCGGUUACAGCAGAGGAUUUCGAAGAGCACGACUUGCCGAUGAACAAAGAGAUUCUGUUGACGAUAGUGGACGCGUCCGAACUGAACAUUUCCAACCAGAUUUCGGUUAUACUGAACUCCGAUAAUGCGGCAUUUAGCAAGGUGAUCAGCGAUUGUAAUGAAUACGGCAAUAAGGACCCAAACCCGUACCAGCCGAAAAUUGAAAAUGAAGCAUUUUUGAUACAAUUUGAUGAAGUCUGGUGCCGCGCAAUGGUCGCUUCAAACGACGUAGAGGUGAUGUACUAUCUGCUUGAUCUUGGUAUCAUCCGGGCCACGGACAAACACCCCAAAUUGCGCCGAUAUCCUGCCGGUUUGACACGCAGAGUUUAUGUCUCUGAAUGUUUCGUUGACAAUCCGGAUGCACUGGGAAGUUCAGAAGCGGUUGGUAAAAAUGAACAGUUCCUGGGCAGAACGGUGAAAGCCACCAUGCAGUUGGAUAGUGACGGCGAGGGAACGCGUUUGAAGAUCCAUUCCUUUGUUGAAUAGAAUGAAACCAAACAGAUAAUUUCCAUGAUAUUGCAUAUCUUAACCAUGAAUGUUUUCGCAAUGUUCGUUUUUAAAUAAUACUUUGUCAAUUUUAUUUACUCUUAA